AAAAAUUUGUCAACCCAGUACUCAGUAGGCCACACUUGCCUAACUCGUACUAUAAAUCUUACUACAUGAACAAGUUCAUGACCCCUACUUAUUCUCUGCCUUGUCCAACACUUGAGAGUUUGAGACUCAAAACAUCACACCGAAUCUAAAAAGAAAAAAACCCAGUAAAACUAAUGAUCACGCAAUCAAACAAUUGAAAGGAAAACAAAACAAAAAAAACCCACCAAUUUGAGAUACAAGAAACAGUAUUUCAUCAUAGAAUUAGACAGAGAGUUUUUUUUUUUCAAGUAUAUAGUAAAUCAAUCUAAGUUAUGAGGAAGAGAGAGAGAGAAAACCCAUGUUUGAUAUGUGGGCACUACCACAAGUAUGAAGAAGGUGAAGUUUGUGGGAUUUGUGGGCACCGUAUGGCUGACACUUCUGAGAGAAGUUCAAUUCAAGUUGGUGCUUUUCCUUCUGAGAUCUUGCCUGAUUUUCUCUAUCUUGGUAGCUAUGAUAACGCUUCUAGGUCUGAACUUCUUAAAGCUCAGGGAAUUUCUCGAAUUCUCAAUACUGUCCCUUCUUGUCAAAAUCUCUACAGAAAUUCGUUUCUUUACCAUUCCCUCCAAGACGACAAAAGCUUAUCGUUUGAUGAUGCAAUCCAAUUUUUAGAACAAUGUGAGAGGGAGAAGGCUCGUGUUCUUGUACAUUGCAUGUCAGGAAAGAGUAGGUCACCAGCUGUAGUAAUGUCAUACUUGAUGAAAUGCAAAGGUUGGAGGCUUGCACAGAGUUACCAAUGGGUGAAAGAGCGAAGAGCUUCUGUGGAGCUUACUCAAGUUGUCUCCCAGCAAUUGCAGGAGUAUGAACAAAAGAUAUUUGGGUCUAAUGAGACCACAUUUCCAGCAGAGACUUUCAGUUUUGGGUUUGCAAAGAAUGAUGCGGUUCCUGUACCAGCUUUCAACACAAGCACGGGUCCCUCCAUCUUCGACCGUCCUUUAGAUGUUCCUCCUCAACAGUUUGCCUUUGGAGCUGGUCAGACAGUAAAUCAACCCAAUUCCGGUGUCGGUGAUGUUUCAAUGGGCGGUGCUUGAUACCAUAACUAGAUUAUUCUCUUUUUUUUUUGUGAUAUCAAAGCUUCAUUCAGACAUCAAAGCAUCUUGAUAUUUUCUUACAUUUUGCUGCCCUUGUUUUUUGUCGGCCUUGUUUGAUGUCGAAAUCUUCUUCUGGUGUAAAGCUUGGGAUUAGUCACUGAUGCUUUUUUGUGAUAUCAAAGUAUCAAUAUUGUUGGAAAAGCUUUCAUUUA